CCACCAACACCCCCAACACCAUCAGCACCAACACCAGCACCAGUGACCCCAGCACCAGCAGCUCCGGUAACCCCAGCUCCAGGGUCCUGGCUGCUCAGGACGCCAUCGUCUUCUCAGGGGUGGGUGCGGAAGGGGUGACCCCCCCGAGCACAGACACCAGGCUCUCGCCCAAGCCCGUGCCCAUGGAUGAGAACAUCUCCCACGGGCACCAAGGCCCUGGAUCCACAUCCAGGAGCCUCUUCCCAGUGUCCAUGGGCGGGAGCAUCUCAGCCGUGCCCAGGGAUGAAAACAUCGCCCACAAGUACCAAGCCCGCGGACCCACAUCCAGGAGCAUCUCCCACGUGCCCACGGAUGAGGACAUCUCCCCCGGGUCCAUGCCCGUGGGUGCCAGCUCCUCGCUCCAGCACCGGGAGCCCGAUGGCAGUGAUGAGGAGGAUGAUGCUGAUGAAGGCACCGACAGCGGCUCUGAGGAGGACGAGGAUGAAGAUGAGGAGGAGCCCCAUUUCCACACCAAUCCCCUGUUCCAGAGCCCCCUCCAGCCCCCAGACCCGGAGCUCGGUGCCCCCCUGGCUCUGCCCCCCAGCUCUGGGCACCCCCCCGGGCUGCUGCUGCGAUGGGGGGGCUGGGACCCCCCUGGGCCCCUGACACCCACAGAGUCCACCCAUAGAUCCCCCAUCCCCAUAACACCCAUAGAGCCCCCCCAUAGACCCCCCAGCUCCAUAACACCCAUAGAGCCCCCCCAUAGACCCCCCAGCUCCAUAACACCCAUAGAGCCCCCCCAUAGACCCCCCAGCCCCACAACCCCCAUAGACCCCGCCCAGCCCCCCCCCAGCCCCACAGAUGCCCCACAGCAGCCGCUGGGAGAGGGGUCCCCGCCCCCCUCCCCACCGCGGGGUUCCCCCCUCCCGGGCCAUGGCUCUGCCCCGGGCCCCCCCCCCCAGCAGGAGCUGCCCCCCGAGACGCCCGCGGAGCCCCCGCCCAGCGCCCAGGGGAGCCCCCCGGGGGGGUCCCGUUCCCACGCUCGCCUCCUGGCUUCGCGCCUCUUCCGCCUCGACGGCGUCCGCAGGUCCGAGGUGGCCGCGUUCCUGCGCCGGGGGGACGGGUUCAGCGCGAUGGUGGCGCGGGAGUACCUGGAGUGGUUCCAGUUCGGGGGGCAGGAGCUGGACCAGGCGCUCAGGAGCUUCCUGCGGGCGCUGGCGCUGUCGGGGGAGACGCAGGAGCGGGAGCGCGUCCUCGGGCACUUCUCGCGGCGCUUCCACAGCUGCAACCCCGGAGCCUUCCCCUCGCCCGACGCGGUUCACUCCCUGACCUGUGCCCUGAUGCUGCUCAACACCGACCUCCACGGGCAGCGCCUCGGCCGCCCCAUGAGCAGCGCCCAGUUCGUGGCCAACCUGCGCGGGAUGAUGGACGGGGAGGACUUCCCCCGGCAGCAGCUCCAGGCUCUCUACGGCUCCAUCCGCAGGCAGGAGCUGCCGUGGGCGCUGGAUGAUGAGGAUGGGCAGGAGGAGGAGCCCCCCCCCGGCCCCAGGAGCAGCGAAUCCCGGCCGGAGCUGCCGGGGGGGGCCGCGGCCGUCACCCACCGGGGCUGCUUGGCCAGGAAGGUGCUGGCCGAGGCCGAGGGCAAAAAGGCGCCGUGGGGCAGACGCGGCUGGAAGCGCUUCGAGGCGGUGCUGGAGGGGACCCUCCUGCACCUGCGCAGGGCGGGGGCCCCCCCCGAGGCGCCGCUGGGGGUGCACCACGCUCUGGCCGAGCGCGCCCCCGCUUACACCAAGCGCCCCGACGUGUUCCGCCUGCGCGCGGCCGACGGGAGCCGCUUCCUCUUCCAAGCGCCGACGCCCCGGGAGAUGCUGGCCUGGAUCGCGCGCCUCAACCUGGCGGCCGCGCUCCUCUCCGCGCCCCCGUUCCCCGCCGCCGUCGGGUCCCAGCGCGGCCCCGCGCGGCCCCUGCUGCCCGCGGCGCUCAGCCGCAGCCCCCCGGAGGAGCAGCGCCGGAGCCACGCGGCCUGGAUGGAGCGGGUGGAGCGGGAGCUGCGGCAGCGGCAGCGCCACGGGCCCGGCCCCGACCCGCGGCAGCACCGGCGGGACACGGAGCUGCUGCUGCACGAGCGCCGGCGCUACGAGACCUACGUGCGGGUGCUGGACUCGUGGCUCCGCGGCCGGGCCGAGCCGGGCCGGGAGGCGGAGGCGGAGCCGGGAGCGCCCCCCCGGGCCCCCCCCGCGCUGAGCAGGGCGCGCUCCAGCCCCUCCCUGGGCCCCGGCCCCGCCGCGGCCCCCCCCGCCCGCGUCCGCAGGAACGAGUCCGAGCGGAGAACGCUGCGGAGCCUCCUGGCCCGGCGGCUGCGGGAGCGGCCCUGAGCGGGGCGGGCA